AUGAGGUUCUGGCGACCUGCCAAUACGCAUUGGACCAGAGUGGCGGGGAAAUGGUCUAAAACCCCCCAAUGUAUGUGUAGCACAGAAAAGUAUCCUCAAGUGCUCGGCGGUGAAAGUAGCAACCGAGGCGCUGAUGGACGUCGUGUAAGCUCUGGCUCCAAGAGUUCUAAUCUCCGGAGAGGAGGAGGACUGAAAUCCGGCAACUUGUUCUACUUCAGAAAAGUUGACCAGCAGUCCCAGGGUGGUAUCGAGUUUAUUGUCCACAAAUCCCGUAUUGGCAACAUUACAUCCAUCGGGAGUGUGUCGAGCAGGGUUGCGUAUAAGGUACGCAAAUCCAAGCUCAGAGUAUCCAAGCGCUACUCUCUGAAGGUCACACAGGUCUACGCAUUGACCUCGGUACACCCAGAUGAGGAGGUUAUGUAUAAGGACGUAAGUCAAGCCAUACAUCCCUCCCAAACACACUUCAAUGUUGUCAUGGAGGACUUCAAAGCCAAAUUAGCUGUCGAAUGGUUUAUGAGCCGAGAGUGGGGAAAUUUGGUUUUAGGAAAGCGAAAUUGCAAGGGCCAAAGGCAGGCCGACUUCAUGGAAAAGGAGGGACUCUUUCUGAUGAACUCCUUCUUCCAAAAACCGCCUCAAAGGAAAUGGAUCUGGUUAAGUCCCGAUGGUGUCACAUGGAAUGAGCUAGACUUCAUAUUGACCGACAAGAGGCAAAUACUCAACAAUGUUUCGGUGAUCAAUAGGGUGAAAACUGGAAGCGAUCACAGGAUGGUAAGAGGCUUGUUAAAUAUCGAUGUCAAACGUGUGAGGUUACUACUGAUGAAGUCUACUCUGCGACCCAGCGGUGCCCAUAUAAAUGACUCCGAAAAUCGGUUUGAACUUCAAAAUCAUUUCGACUGCCUACAAGACUGCGUCUCUGUGGACGAGAUUAGCAACAGGUUGGUGGAGACUGUCCACACGGUUGGGUCAAAAUUCUUUAGGACCUGCCGCAAGGACUGGCUGCAGAAACUCUUCGAUCAUACUCUCAAGCUAAUGCAAAUCGACGCGAUAUGA